AUGUGGAGAGCUGCAAUUUGCGUCACCGCAGCUCUCUCAUGGGCGGGGGUUCAGUCAGCGCCUGCCCCUACUGCUACCCCUUUUCCUGUGGUCGGGGCCAAAACCGGCAUCAACAAAAACACGGGGCAAACGCCGGCGAGACUCAACAUCAACACGCUAUGGGCACGGGGAGGGCCGCAGUGGGAUCUCUACGUACUCGCCUUGUCAGAGCUCCAGGCCAUGAACGAAACCGAUGAGCUUUCCUACUUCGGAAUCACAGGAAUUCAUGGAUUUCCUCACAGUGCGUGGAACGGCGUCAGCCAUGUAGAUGGUGCCCCUAACACGGGAUUCUGUCCUCAUGGUCAAGUUCUGGUCUCUCACGCCGUGAGACUGGCCGGAGAGUACCCUCCGAACCUUCAGCCCGAGUAUGUAGGAGCGGCUCAGACUUUACGACAGCCUUACUGGGACUGGGCGGCAGAUUCUACUCUGCCUCCUGCCACCUAUGCAAUCAAUGUCACCGUCAGAGCCCCGUGUGGCGUGAUAGAAAUUGCUAAUCCUUUACGCGGCUAUCGUUUCCAGCAGUUGCCCCUCGAGUCGAGUUUCGGCGGCUUCCUCGCGACAUACCCCCAAACCAUCAGAUGUCUCGGCAAAGGUGAUCUUCUCAGCAACAUUACGGCAUCCAAUGAAGCAAUGGUCUUGGCAGCAAAGGACCUGACCACCGAUGUUUAUGAUAUCUUUGCCAGAGAGAGGACCUUUGACAGCUCCGGCUGGCGCGUUUCAAGCCUCGAGUUCCCCCACAACCUGGUUCAUGCACUGUUGUUCAACCCCAAACCUGGGGACAUCCAAGCUGAUGCGAGCAGCAUGUUGCACCACUGCAACGUUGACAGACUCGUUGCGAUGUGGCAGGUGAUUCACUACGAAGAGGACAUGUUCACCAACAAAGGAACUUCUACCGGCCAGUACGGGACCAUCGAAAGCAGCAUUGUCACGGCAGACAGCCCCCUGAAGCCCUUCUUCGACGAAAACAUGAACUUCCUUACAAGUAAAUCCGUCAGGAAUAUCACCACCUUUGGGUACACGUACCCCGAAAUGCCCAAUUGGAAGAUGUCGCCUGAAGCGCGUGCCAGUUACGGCAGAGCACAAAUAAACUCACUGUACGGAGAAAAGGACGACGAUCUUAGGUCGGCACGCGCUUUGAAGGGGGCAGGAUAUCCCUCGGUUAUUGGGCGGAUGUCCCUGCUUGCUGUCCCCCGUACCGGGGUGGCCUCAGCCAGCCUGCCACUCCGAGAAGUGCUCGUUGGGAAUCACAGUAUGAGGGAUUUGCCCCCGGAAAAGGUGGUUUUGUUUCUUCAGGAGGAGAUGACCACUGAGAUACGAGGAAGUGAUGGCCGCCAGGUACCAGUCACCAGGGUGCCCAGCCUGCAUAUUCAGAUCACGAGCAUGGAGUACAUACCACGGGCUAAUGACUCAAGUUUCCCCGUCUUUGGGAAUGCCCAGAGAUGGCCGGCCGAGGUGCGCUAG